UGAAGCACAAGCCGUGGGAUCCUCUUCAGUGCAGGCUCCUCCGGGCUUCAAAAUAAUAUCACUGCAUCCUCACAUUGAAAGCAUUCCUGGUGCUUUUUUCUUUCUAAAAGCAUGAAGGCUAAACGGAAGAUCCCCGUGCUGUUCCUCAGCCCGAUCCUCUACUUUCAGUUAAGAGCGUCAGAUAGCAAGUGAAACCAAGAGAGAGCACCACGCAAGCGCGCAAAGGAGAGAUUGGACACCUGAUUUUUUGCGGGGUGUCUUUAGAGCAAGCUAUUUCACAUUUUAAGUCUAACAGUCCGUGUUUUUUUUUUUUUUUUUUUGAAGGCCCCGGCGGUGCAGCGGGGGCAGAUACCGUGGAUUAUUAUCAGCAUGGACAAAUGGGGAAAAGAGGACAGAUCACUGCGUUGACUUUUGAAGCAACGCGCAGAGUCUUGACGCUAUAGCGUUACGCAUUUAUUUUACUGUGAGCGCUUUUUUACCCACCCCCCCCUUCCUCCUCCUGUUUGAAUUAUACUCGCCGCUGCAUCUCAACAUUAUUAAAGUCAAAUAUCUGUGGAUAAGGAACAGAGCAGGGUGUUGUCAGAGAGGGAUGAGAGGAGGAGGGGGGCAGUAUGAGGUGUGCUUUUUUUGGAAAAGCCGGAGAAAGACAGACACCGAGAAGGUGUACUAAUGUGCGAGAGCCUGCGACGCGCUGCCCUCCUGAGAAAUAACUGCGAUCAGGGAAGAAAUGGCCUAGUUAAAACCCCAUCGACACACCGGCAGAGGAUAGAAAAGAAGAAUCGUGUUUAGAUGGACGGGCCAUCAUCAUCGUCAUCAUCAUAAUUCCGGUGCUCGCGUCGAGUCUUUUAGGUGUAAUUGGCUUCUUGACUGCAGCUCUGGACCCAUCAGGAGUUCCAAAGAGGAAGACGGAUGAGACCACAGAGUCUACCUGAGAAUGCUACCUGUUCCUCGGCCUCACCAUGUCACCCUAGGAAAACUGUUAACCGGUCCCUUUCCACAAAUCCUCUUUUUGCCUUUGUUAUUUCCCAUAACCCACUGAGUUUGUGAUCCCUCUCUACACCCAGCUGAAGUCCUAGUGAUAUGACUAAAAGAGCCUUUAUUUUGGACAUGUUGUUUUUUCCUCUUACUGCUGCCAGCCACCAAGGCUAUGGUGGGAAGCGUCAUUAUACUUCUCAGCAGGUUGCUAAUCACUGUCUGCUGUGGCUCUUGGGACUAGUGUUACACCUCACCCUUUCUUCAUGCCAACGGGUUGACCUGAAGCACCCUACAGUAUCCACAAGCUAUGGAAAGAUACGUGGUAUCAGGAGGGAGCUCAGCAAUGAGAUCUUGGGCCCAGUGGAACAGUUCUUAGGUGUGCCAUAUGCCACCGCUCCUAUCGGCGAGCGCCGCUUCCAACCUCCUGAAGCUCCAGGCUCCUGGCAAGAGAUUCGCAAUGCCACCCAGUUUGCGCCAGUGUGUCCCCAGAAUGUGCAUGGGGUUUUACCUGAGAUCAUGCUACCAGUGUGGUUCACAGACAACCUGGAUGCUGCAGCAACCUAUGUUCAGAACCAGAGUGAGGACUGCCUUUACCUCAACAUCUAUGUACCCACUGAAGAUGGUCCGCUUACAAAAAAACAAGAUGAGUCUACAAUGAACAGACCAAGGGAUGAAGAUAUUCGGGAUCGUCGCAAGAAGCCGGUGAUGCUGUUCAUCCACGGAGGCUCCUACAUGGAGGGCUCAGGGAACAUGUUCGAUGGCAGCGUCCUUGCUGCCUAUGGAAACGUCAUUGUGGUCACCAUGAACUAUCGGCUUGGUGUGCUCGGGUUUCUGAGCACAGGGGACCAGUCUGCUAAGGGGAACUAUGGCUUGUUGGACCAGAUCCAGGCCCUGCGCUGGCUCAAUGAAAACAUUGGCCACUUUGGAGGAGACCCAGAGAGAAUCACCAUCUUUGGCUCGGGAGCUGGUGCCGCCUGUGUGAACCUUCUCAUCCUCUCCCACCACUCUGAGGGCCUGUUCCAGAGAGCCAUCGCUCAGAGUGGCUCAGCCAUCUCCAGCUGGGCAGUCAACUACCGACCUGUGAUGUACACCAAGAUCCUGGCGAGGAAAGUUGGCUGCACUCUGGGGGACAUGGCAGAGGUGGUGGACUGCCUGAGGAGGAAGAGUUUCCGGGAGCUGGUGGACCAAGACAUCCAGCCCGCACGCUACCACAUCGCCUUCGGACCUGUGGUAGACGGGGACGUGGUGCCCGAUGACCCCGAGAUCCUGAUGCAGCAGGGCGAGUUCCUGAACUACGACAUAUUGCUGGGUGUCAACCAGGGAGAAGGCCUUAAAUUUGUGGAUGACAGUGAAGGAGAAGACGGAAUAUCAGCAGCCUCGUUCGACUACACCAUCUCCAACUUUGUGGACAAUCUGUAUGGAUACCCUGAUGGUAAAGAUAUCUUGAGGGAAACCAUAAAGUUCAUGUACACAGACUGGGCUGACAGGGACAACAGUGACAUGCGGAGGAAGACCCUCCUGGCUUUGUUCACGGACCAUCAGUGGGUGGCCCCGGCUGUCGCCACUGCCAAACUGCACGCUGAGUUCCAGUCGCCCGUCUUUUUCUAUACCUUCCACCACCACUGUCAGACCGAGGCAAGGCCAGACUGGGCAGACGCAGCCCACGGAGAUGAGAUCCCCUAUGUGUUUGGGAUUCCCAUGGUGGGAGCCACUGACCUGUUUCCAUGUAACUUCUCCAAGAACGAUGUCAUGCUCAGUGCUGUAGUCAUGACAUACUGGACCAACUUUGCAAAGACAGGGGAUCCAAACCUGCCAGUUCCUCAGGACACCACCUUCAUCCACACCAAGCCCAACCGCUUUGAGGAGGUCAUCUGGACCAAGUUCAGCUCCAAAGACAAGCAGUACUUGCAUAUCGGCCUGAAGCCCCGGGUCAGAGACAACUACCGGGCCAACAAGGUGGCCUUCUGGCUGGAGCUGGUGCCACAUCUCCACAGCCUCCACAAGGACAUCAUUGACCGCGCCACAACUCGCCAGCCGCCCGGAGGCACCAACCGCUGGAAGGGCCCUCACAGCCCUGGCACCCGCUCCACACCCCACCCUGUAAUCUCCACUUAUCCGCCUGAUCCUGAGCCCGAUGGUUCAGAGAGACCCCGCUACCCUCCCUUCCCGAGUGAGACUAGGGACUACUCCACCGAGCUGAGUGUGACAGUAGCUGUGGGCGCCUCGCUUCUUUUCCUGAAUGUGCUGGCCUUUGCCGCGCUUUACUACAAACGGGAUAAGCGUCAUGAACUCAUGCAGAGACGUCACCGCCGACUGUCCCCGCAACGUGGCACGACGAUGGGCAUGGGUGUUGGCAUGGGAGUCGUAGGGGCCCCACCGCACAAUGACCUGGCGCUGAGUCAGGAAGAGGAGCUGAUGUCACUGCAGAUGAAGCAGCAAAGAGUGGAGCUGGAGCACGGCACCCCCCUCCCUUCCCGCGGCGUUCUUGGUGACCUGGAACCCCUGCGACCGCCCGUGUGCCCACCUGACUACACGCUGGCCCUGCGGCGGGCACCGGAGGAUGUGCCACUGAUGACAGCAAAUACCAUCACCAUGAUCCCCAGCACCAUCAGCAGCAUGCAGCCCCUCCACCCCUUCAACACUUAUCCCCCAGUCCCGGCCCCCUCCACUACACCUGUUCCCAGCCACAGCAACAAUGCCCUGCCACACCAACACUCCACCACCCGUGUAUAGGACCAGGCACAACCCCACUCUGGGCUUAAAGAGACGCACCACACAAACUGCUCCAUAUAAAUCCACUCUCACCCCCCUCUAUUCUUCUUUACUAUAUCAUUGUCUUUUCUCAUUAAGCCCUCAAAUAAAGCUGCAGUUUGUAAGAUUUUAAGCAGUGAAAUACCUCUAAAAUGUAAUCAUAAAUCAAGAAGGAGUUGAUUAAAAAAGCUCCUUUGCCAAAAUCCUGUCAUAGGUACAUACUGCUUUGCCCUGUUACAGCUCUUUCAAUAUGUCUCGCUUACUAGGUGAGCCACCAAAAGCAGCUUUAAGCUUGUAGCUCUCUCUCAAAGAGGUAUUGAGCUAAUCACAAUCAGUCAGGCAUCUUAUGUGUUGCUUGAUUGUUUUGCGUAUGUGUUGUUGUGUCAGUGUAAAACUAUGUUUGACAUAGAAUACAUACAUUCAUUCUCAUCCAUUUAGCGAAAAGAUAAUACAGUAGCGAGCAGCUUUGUAUGAGGCAACAUAUGCCCCAACAAGCUGUCUGUCAUAAAGCGGUGAUUUCUUGAAACUUACAAAUUGCAGCUUUAAAGGCCCAAUCUGGAAGUGGAAUUUGGCACCCUGUGUUGAGCGCUAUGUCCCAACAGCUGUCUCUGUGUUCUGAUUUUGGAGACUUUUGUUUAGUGCGAAAUGUAUUGACAGCGCUGGAAGUACAAGAAUGAACUAUUUGACAUUCAAGCAUGAGUUUUUCAUAGAUUUUUAAAACUUAAUUUCUGCUGUUUACAAAUUUAUGUACCUGUUUUCAGUUAGGAUGCGACCUAUACGCCAUCCAAAGUCAUGCUUUUUGAAAAUCUGUAUUACUCACAAAUUAUGCUUUCAAAACAUUUCCAGAUUGGGGCUUCAACUGUUGGGCGGUACAGGAAAUAACUGAAUCAUACUCAGUCUGUGGGAUGCAACCUGGAAUCCAGGCUGCCCAUUAGAGCUCAGUGCAUCUCCGCCGCACAGGCUCUAAUCAUGUCCAUUACUUUAUUUGUUUCUCACUCAUUAUCUCUCUGUCUGUAUCCCCAUCUCAGCCCAUUUAACUGCUUCUCUUUUUCACUGCCUCACACUCUUUCUCUCUCUGCAUCUGCCCUCGUAGCUCUUUUUAUUAAACCAUUGACAUAAUCCAUUUCCAUCUUCACUCCUUUCCUCUCUCUCGCAAUCACUUCUAGACUCUCUUUUCCUUUUGGAGUCUUUUAUACAAAAACACAAAUGUAAAUGAUGUAUUAUUAAUAAAUUGUAAGGAUAUGAAUGAAAAAAAAGAUAUUCUGAUAUCUCGUUUUUACCAGCAUUCUUGGUGCCAAGUACUGUGAUAAAGUUCCUCUUUCACUGGCGUCCAGUGGACCGCCUGGAGAGGUCCAUCCUGACUGUAUCUUACAAAAGGAAUUACCAUCAUAAAAAGUGCCAACCCCUUCAUCUUUCUUUUUGAUCCACACACUUUUUUUUUUUAAUUACACUCAAUGUUGCACUGUGGCUGGUCUCUUCUUUAUAGGGAAAUCAGAUUCAAUAUAUUCUCGUUUAAAAGAAAAAAAGAAUAUAAAGUUUUAUUAACUACUUUGCUGUCUGGGAUAUUUGCAUGAUGUUUUUUAUUUUAUAAAGAGUGUGGACAGAGAAGUUUGUUUGUCAUUUCAAUGAUUUGCCUUGUUCUUCAUUGUUUUUUUUCUCUCUUUUAUUUUGAAAAUCAUUUUAAUUUUCUAUUUUAAUAUCAGCUGCACUUUGUGGUACUUCAAAAAGGUAUUAAAGUAUUAAGAGAUGAAUAUUGUGUAAACUAUGAUUAUAACAAAGAGAGUAAAUAUUUCCUCUUUAUUUUUUUCAUUUCCUAACACUGAGGCUGUGCCGCAAAACUACCAGAAAGACUGAUCAAAGCCUUUUUCUUUCCUCCCUCUUUUUGCUCUGAUUCUCUUUAUUUUUUUGCAACCGUCAAGUUUGAAGUCACUGUAUCUCAAUCUCACCUGAAGAUAGCACUUUUUUUGAGUUACAAAAAAAAAAAAGAAACAACUACUUUACAUGAAUAGUCUAAAUAAGGUUUUUGUCUGUGACUGACAUUAACCACAUGCUUCAAGUGUUUGAAGACUGCCUGACAGUUAUCUUUUCGUCUGCUCUUUUGUUGUUUCAUGAUUCUCCCUUCUGCAAGGCGGGAGAAAGGAUAAGAUAUAUUUAUGAUGGUCAAAAGGUGAGAAAGCCUUGUACGAGCGUUUCACAUCUUUCGCACAACUGAACACAGGGACGGGUCACACUCUGGACAAUUCUGAAAAAAAAAAACCCCAGUGACAUUAGGACAACACUGGACAAACGCUGACAGUGAUUCAAUGGCGAUGGCGAGAUAGCUCGUCAGCUACAUUAUGAUCUGUCAAUGCACAGAGGAUGCAUUCUAAAAACCUGAUUUAAGAAAAAAAAAAUCUUUAAUGACAGACAUUACUCAUACACCAUAUACCACAAAAACCAGGCGAGCGGGAUUCCUUCCCCCGCCUUGUGAUGUUCUGUAUCCUGUCUGCUUAGGAUAACGACACUCUGGAGCCAGACUGCCAUCCCUCACACUGGACUGGAGCGAGCCGCGAGGACAAAAGAACAAAAACCAACACAUGAAACAAACUGUACAUUUUUUAAGUGUAAGAGAACAAACUGGAAUUUGUAAAUAUUAUGUUUGUUGUUUGGUUUGAGUGAUUGGCCGGAACUUUUCUUUGUGACAACAGGUGCAAGUUUAGAUGACUUAACAUGAUUUUAGCACUCAUGCGUAUGUUUUAUUCUCCUUUUAUUUCCUAGGUCUCAAGGGCAAAUUCCAAUAGGUUAUUGGCACAUAAGUACAUCUGUUAACAUAAGUGAAUAAUUAUAUAUAUAUCUAUAUAUAUAUAUAUAUAUAUAUAUCCACAGCAUGGUUGAGGUCAACAUAAACACGGAAACGAAUGCUUAGGGCUCAGGUUAGCCUUAAUGUUGUGGUGAUAAAAAUGCUCUUACUGCAUAUAUGGCUGUCUAAAGCAUAACGUACACACCUGGCACUAUCCUAUCAAUCGAGGCAGCUUUUCAGUGAAAUGAGUCCUUUCAUUGGUUAAAAAGCCAAAGAACAGCUGCAGAGAACAGAUGAAGGAAGGGGAAAUAGGGAUGAUUUGAGAAAUGAGGCAGAAAAAACGAGAGGCAGGAUAUUUCAAAUGUGCUCAAAACAAACCACAAAUCAAGGAACUUUACUUGUGAUGCCUGUGGAUUAAAUAGUUAGUGUCUCACGUUGUCUUGAGCAUUGUCAUACAGUUUAACCUGUAAUUGGGAGGUUGUGAAAUCCUUUGUACUCUUUUUGGUCUUAUUUCAGACUCUAAUCAUGGUGGUUGUUUUGCUACCUUUUGCAAUUUUGUCUGCACAUUCUGUUUAUGGGAUUAUUGACCCAGCUGUUUGAUGUGAGUUUGAGUUGCCCAUGCUUCCAAAAACACUAUUACAAAGACAGUAUUUUGGGGUUUUGUUGAAACAAGGGUUUGGACAGCCAACAGAUAAUGGAAGCACACUCACCAAGUUUACAUGUUUACACUACAGUUUUGAUGUUGGCUUAAGGUAAAGGGGAAAAAAAAGAAAAAGCAUUACAAGGAUCCAAAUAUCUUAUUAUAACAUUUAUUGCUGGAAUGGUAAAGUGAAGGCUUGCACCUGUUUGUCUGUUUCAUUUAGUCUGAUUCAGUAACCUGCUUGAAGCUCAAGAUACUGUGAGUGAGCAUAAUGACCAGAAGGGGUUGAAAGAAUUAAAGUUAAUAUUUCUAUUUCAAAUAGAGGCUAUUACACACUGUAUGUUGUGUAUCUGAACUGGAAAACAUUAAAAGACAUUCUUAAACAAA